AGGACCAUACUUCCUUAGCAGCCUAACCCAAGCCACACAGCAGCAAAUGACCAAGUCUAUCGGUCAUGGCCACCCAUUAAGAUGACUAGACUUUCCCUCUUUCUUUCUUUGUUUCUCCUUUACUAUCUUCUUUCCAAGCAAUGGCCACAUUUUAUCUUACACUUAAUCCAGCCUCGUUUCUUGCAGUUUCUAGCCAGAAAAGGUUGAGUUCAAACUCCAUCCAAUGCUGCCAGGACACCAAUGGACAGCCAAGACCUAGAGUGACCCAUGAACCUUCAGAUAACUGGUUGACCAGUUUCCCAGAAAAGAAUCCUAUUAUUAGUUCACCUACUGUCCUGCCUCCACGGCCUCGCCGGAUAAUUCUGGUUCGACAUGGACAGAGUGAAGGAAAUGUUGAUGAAAGUGUCUAUACACAGGUCCCUGAUCCAAAGAUUAAACUCACAGAAAAAGGAAUGGCUCAAGCUGAGGAAUGUGGAAAGAAUAUAAGGAAGAUGAUAGAGAAAGAUGGUGUGGAUGAUUGGAAAGUUUACUUCUAUGUGUCACCAUAUAGGAGAACACUAGAAACAUUGAGGUGUUUGGCUCGAGCAUUUAAACGCCGAAGGAUUGCUGGCUGGAGAGAAGAGCCUCGUCUACGAGAGCAAGAUUUUGGGAAUUUUCAAGACAGAGAAAAGAUGCGGAUAGAAAAAGCUACUCGUGUUCUCUAUGGCCGCUUCUUUUACCGAUUUCCUAAUGGGGAAUCUGCAGCCGAUGUUUAUGAUAGAAUAACAGGAUUUAGAGAAACCCUGAGAGCAGAUAUUGACAUUGGCCGCUUUCAGCCACCUGGGGAAAGGAACCCAAACAUGAACUUAGUAAUUGUGUCACAUGGUCUUACAUUGCGGGUGUUCCUGAUGAGGUGGUACAAAUGGACCGUGGAGCAAUUUGAGGGACUUAAUAACCUGGGCAAUGGAGAUAUGAUUGUCAUGGAAAAAGGCUAUGGUGGAAGGUACAGCUUAUUAAUGCACCACACUGAAGAAGAGCUGAGAAACUUUGGACUAACAGAAGAAAUGCUGAUCGAUCAGGAAUGGCAAAAGAUUGCCAAACCAGGUGAACUGAAUUACGAUUGCUUGAUUACUGGACCAUCUUUCUUCACCCACUUUGAGGAUGAGGACAACGAAACCUAGGCAACAAUAUUUUCCUCUACCAUGUGUCAUCAUCAAAAGAAAGCGGGGAGCUGGAAACUGAAUUAGCAGACUUGAUCUGGCAUGAAUUAAAUAUGGCACUCAACAGGCAGGAUGGUUUCCUUUGGUCCACUCAUAAAAUUAGCAAACCAGUAAAGAACGCCAUCAACAGAAAGUAGUGUUUGAUGGCAGCAAAUGAGGAUGACUAAUUAGAUAAUCAGUUAAAUUCUCAUCUUCAUAUGAAAGUAGAUAUAUAACAUGGGUUUCCCAGGAAAUACAUAACAUUUUCUUUUCCAAUUCUGGGUGUCUGAUAAGAGGAGUUUUAAAGAUUUGAUUCAGAUGA